AUGGGAUAGUAUAUUAUUAAUUUGAUACACUUUUUAGGAGUCAUUUUGACGGAAUUUUGGAUGGCACAGAAUCAUUCUCCAAAAUUAGAAUUCCAGAAACAAGAGAAUUAGAGGGAAUAAUCUGGAAUUAUUAUUGGAAUCCACCUUUACCAAUAAGAACAAAAUACUAAGUUAAUUAAACAAAGAAAAAAUCAUCUACACUAAAGACGGAACAAUUCUUAGGAGGUAAUUUCAUUUUAAUAUAUUUUAAUGAAGCGAUUAGAGAAUAGAUACCUUUCCAAGACCAUAAAUGCUGGAGAACUUAGAAUAAAUUAAACAUCUAAAAUGGAUAGGAAUAUAUGGACCAAAUAAUUAGAAAUAAGGUUCUUGGACAGUUAUGUGGGAUGGAGAGCUAAUAUCAGGAGCUGGUGGAAAGUACAAAAAUAAUGGAAAAAAAGAAGGAUGUUGGAAGGAUAUAUUUAAAAAUUAUUGGACUUAAGGUAUCAUUUUUUAUAUAUUUAUAAAGCUUAAGUCUAUGAGGUAGGAUAUUACGAAAAUGAUUCUAGAAAAGGGCCUUGGAAGUAUAAAUUUAAAGAUAAAGAUAUGUAAAUUUUUAAUUCUUAGUAAAAUUAGUGGAGGAUUAUAAUUAAAAUGGAUUGAAGUGUGGAAAAUGGAUAGAGUUGCUUAUAGGGUUUAGAAAAUACGCUAAAGUCACUUAUAAUGGUGAAUAUAAUAUAGAAGGUAGAAAGAUAGGUAAAUGGGAUAUUUUGUAUUCUUUAGACAGAGAGAAGACUUGGUUUUAAAUGUAAAUAUAAUAUUAAAAUAUUUAUUAUAGAGGUGGUGGAACAUAUUCGGAUAAUAACUAUGGUCAUGUGAUUAUAAUCAAAAUCUAAAAACUAUGA